UUACACAGCUUUUGGCGAUAGUGACACAAGAUAAAAGACUGGACAUGGGCUCUUAUUGCGUCAUACGUAGAUAUUCGUUUGUUGGAUGAUUCCUGCAGUUCACGACAGUGGAUAUGAUGUGUUGCUCAGCCUCUGUCUUGGUUAAAAAGCUCCAUGCCCAGACUGUGGCUCAGAGCGCACGCUCCCAUGCGCACUGCAAUGCAUCUGAGGGUCUGAAUCCUCAGAAGUUCAAGUGGAAGAGACAUGUCACACUACACGCUUGGAGUUCAUCUGCAGAUUGUGCUGGCAGUGGGCCUGGCUGUGCUCUGUUAUUCUCUGGUUGUGGUGUGCAUCCUUUGCUGCCGGAAAAGGAAAAAAGCCAUUUCAUCUGAGGACAAGGAGACUGUGUUCAUGUCUCCAUACCCGCCUGCUGUCACUCUGACUAUUUCGCCGUGCACACAGCCAAUCAAACAACAGUAUGAGGAGCUGGAUGGAGACGUUUUGGACUUUCCGUUAUCUAAAAGCAGUUCUUCUCCUUCUGAAGAUGACCUGUCUGCUCUGCCUUCAGAUCCCAGCCCCUCCCAUUCCCCUGGUCUGCUGCUGUCCCCGGGUGUGUCUCUUCCUUUGAGACGUCUCAGCUCGCCAGCUAUCCCCUGUCCUCCUGAUAAAUCACCUGUCCACGGGAGAGCCUCAUUGCCUUCUCUUACCAAACUUAGCCUCAUGUCCCGGUCCAAACGGGCCAAGGGCAGGCGCAGCACCGUUAGUGGAGACAGCUUCCUGUGCAGUGAAGGCAGGAGCUUGACCUCCGAACCCCAGCUGAGGGCUGAAUCUCAGUAUGGGGCAGUGUCCACUGGAUCCAAGCCCUCUCCUCUCCUACAUUUCUCCCUGCUCUUCUCUUCAACCCAUGGCACUCUGGUGGUCAAUAUCUUGGGUGUGUCUGGUACCAGUAGAAAGAGAAGCAGUGUUUAUGUGCGGGCCAGUCUCCCUCCCCUGUGUCCCUCCCCACAGCCACUGUCAUCGCGCCGCCGCAGCCUCAGCCCGGAGCUGCACAGUCAAAGUGUGGUGAUGAUCGUAGGCCCUGUGGAGGAGCUUCAUGUCUGUACCCUCAGACUGGCUGUGUACAGCAGAGACUUCUCCGGGCUCAGAGAGGCCAUGCUGGGCCUGGUGGAGAUGCCCUGUGAGCAGAUGGACCUAACACCUGACACAACCUGCACCUUUACCAGGGAGAUCACCCCCUCUAAGAGCAAGCUGAAAAAGAGUGUGAGUUCUCAGGAAACCCUGGCCCACCGGAAAACAUCCGUGUGUGUGCCAAAAGUCUUGGGCCAAGUCUUUAUUUUGCUGCAGUACCAGUCUGUGGCCCAGCGUAUUAAAUUGAUGGUGAGAAAGGCAGAACAUCUGGCCAAGCUCACACGCAUCCCUGGGACCCCAGACCACUAUGUUGUGAUCAACAUGAGGCAGGAUGGAAAAGUGAUUGCUACAAAGGAAACCAAAGGAGUUGGUGGUCUCAACCCCAUUUGGAAUGCUCCAUUUCUGUUUGACCUGCCCCCUGGAGACAUCACUCAGCUGCCUCUGCAUUUUGAAUUCAUCAUCAUGCAGGGUCGUUUGUACACCAAGAGCAGUGUGCUGGGUCGUGUGCUCAUUGGCAGCAGUGGUCCAGAGGAGGGGCAGGCUCACUGGAAGGAGAUGCUGAGACGAGGGCAGAUAGAGACAGCGCGCUGGCACACCAUUCAGCCUGAUGUGCGGUACAUCUGACUGACCAGCCCUGCAUUAAUUAUACAGACAUGAGUUAAAUAGCGCCUGAAUUCUGCUUUUGUACAAAUAGUGUCACCGCAUGUUGUUAAAUCUAAAAUGUAUUAUUAUUACAUGUCUUGUUUAUGUGGGUCACUGUUGUCAGCCUUGUAAAAUAUUGAUACUUUUCUGUAAAAGUAAUUUCAGAGGUUUUGUGUUGCAUGCUACUUUUACAUAAUCCCAACUGUAUGCUCAGUGAGUAGGGUACGAAUACAAUGAAAGACUUUUUGUUGUAAAGUUACAUAUUAAUCCUUUUUUUUUACUUAACAUGCAAACAUUGGAUAAAGAUCUGUGCACAAAUUAUGAUUUCCAGUCCAGUGGAAUUUGUAAAAUAAUUUGAACAAUAACAGAGUAGAGUGUGAAUGAGAAGGCAUUUGAAUGUUGUGAUUUGGGGAAGAACAAGCUUAAUUGAACAUUUCACAGUGGCUUCCUGUUCACAGUUUGUGACGUUUACCCAAUGUUAAAAAUACCCUGAGAAAAUGGGACCUUAGUGAUGUAAUCGAACAGUAGUAGGGCUCUUAUGUCAUUGGAUAGUGCACAUGCAUGUCUCUGCUCCCACUGACUAAAUAUGACAUGUGCACAUAGGAAAUUGAAUGAUUCCGGAUCUUGUCAGUGAAUUACAUCCAGUAUAAAAAGAAGUCCUCAAUCAAGCAUAAUUAUUAUCUAAGUCCCUCAUACUCAAGGCUUUUGCCCUCACUCCUUUAUAAUGUGAUUCAUUUUGCCACAGUACUGUCUAUGGGGAGUACUUUAGCGGAAAUUGCCCCAUCCAAAUGAGUCUUAAAAGGCAUUCAGGGCAUCAGGGAAUCUGAUGUCAUGAUUUCAGAUGGAGGGCCACAAUUUUUUUUAUCUUUGAGUUGCUGUUUUUGAAAGAAAUAUCAAAACUGAAAAUCCAUAACACCUUUAUACCAGAUAGGUCUAGUGAUUGCAGCAGCAGUAUUAACCACAAACCAUGAUCAAACAUCUGAUCAGUUUUAAGGUAAAUUCAACCAUACCAAACAGAACCUGCCUUAAGUGGCUAUGCCUCAAUUUAAGUUUUAAGGAGACAAUACAGGCAAAACGCAUUUAUUUAAAUCAUAGGUUUUGGGUCAUUGAACAUAUGAGCUACAACAUGUUUUAACUCCAAAAAAUUAGAUAUAUAUUUGAAUUUUAGUCAAAUCUAGUUACUACUCAAAUACUAGUCUAUUCAGAUACUAAGUAAGAUUUCCAAAAUCCCUUCUGUCAGUUUUUUUGUGUUUUGUCAGUGUUUUCUAUUAUGAC